AUGAGACGUUCCCCAAUUGCUUGGCCAAAUCGAUUGGCGCUGAAUCACACGAGGGUCACAAGGCGCAGCUUCACGGCGCAUUUGUUUGGGCAAUUGCCCCGCCAUCCUCCGGCCACCAAACAUGCAUCGGUCUGCCAACACAAAACCACCACCACCACCCAAUCCAUCUUGCAAGUCGUCCGACGCCACAUCAGACCACCUACCAUGAGGGGUCUAUGUACUAACCUUGCUGGUCACCCAUUCAGGAUUGAUCCUUCGAUCCGCCUUCGGCGCGCAAUCCACGUGAACGACCACCUCCUCGUCAAGCGCAUCCUCCGCUCCCAUCCCAAUCUCCUCCACAACCCCGAUCAUUCCGUCUGCGGGAAUGCGAACUCGAACCUUCACCUAGCCGCUUCCCUCGGUCAUCUCUCCAUAUGCAAGAUCCUCGUCGAGCUCGGUCACGAGGAGGGCACCCCCGCACUGAACGAUGACCACCAAACCGCCCUCAUGCUAGCCGCCUCGGCCGGUCACACCGAAGUCGUCCACUUCCUGUGCGAAAAUGACCCGCAGUCCAUCUUGCGACAGGAUAUUCGCGGCCGCGAUGCCGUCAUGGAGGCCAGUCUGAACGGCCACGAUACCGUUGCAGACCUGGAUGGAAACACGGCCCUGCACUUUGCUAGCGGAAAUGGGAAUCUGCUGGUGCUGAGGACGCUUUUGGCCGCUGGGGCGGAUCCAGGCAGGAAGAAUAUCUGGAGCUGGACGCCUGGCGAGUAUAGCGCUACUGUCCAGGCAGAGGUGUACUUGAAGGGAUUGGUGAAUGAGGUGCAGAAAAGGAAGAUUGCGAAACGAGAGGCAGAGGAAACCCAGGCCGCACCACCACCGCUUUCCAAGAAGGAUAAAGUGAAAGGGGCAUUUUUAGGACUUGGGAUAAGAGGAAGCAUGUCACCACAUAGCGCAUUCCGUGGGAAAGUGCAUACAUGUGUCACCAACCAUGAUAGGGGAACCAGCGAUUUGGGGCAUUUAGAUCGAAGAGCGAGGAGUUGUGCAUACCGCUCACGGGAAAAGAGAUCCGUGGAAACGGGUGAAGGCAUCGGUGUUACCAACUGCACCAACACCUCAUCUGGUUGA